AUGCAGGGCGACAAUGGACUGGUCACCGUCAACUCCAACACAGCCUCAUCUCUCAGAGCUCCAGUCGUAAAUGACGUUGCGCAGCAAAAGAUUGACCUUGCUCGUCAGUUGACGGCAUCAACGAACAAUGCAGAGGGUGGUCUCGUUGCUCAGCUGACAAGUAACCCUUUUUUCACAGCGGGUUUCGGACUUGCGGGCCUGGGUGCCCUUGCAGCCUUUGGUCAGCGAGGCCUACGACAUGGAGCUGCCCUCCUCCGGCGCCGGCUCCUCGUUGACGUUGAGAUCAGUGUACGCGACGACUCAUAUCCUUGGUUCUUAUAUUGGAUGACCCUUCACGAACGCGGAAAACUGCUGGGAAGCGCCACGCAACAAUUGGCGCAUGCCAAAACUGGGAGAUUUGAAUCCAUCCUUCAACGACUCACUCCUGGUAUGCGCCACCUGGCUAUCGAGACCGAGAAAAGAGAAUUGCCCAACGGUGCCAUACACACCAACUUUGUCCUCAUCCCCGGGCCUGGAAGGCAUGUUAUUCGCUAUAGGAACGCUUGGAUCUGGGUAAAUCGUCAGCGAGAAUCUAAACAAUUCUCCAUGGACGGGAAACCUUGGGAAACAGUUACCCUAACCACACUCUAUUCGCAGCGCCAUGUAUUCGAGUCUUUAUUCAAAGAAGCUCAUGACAUCGCUACCCAGUCAGUGGAAGGGAAGACCGUUAUAUAUACUGCCUGGGGUACCAAAUGGGACAAAUUUGGUAAUCCCAGAAGCAAGCGCCCACUCGAGUCCGUCAUCCUAGACAAGGGCGUCAAAGAAAAGAUAGUCGAUGAUGUACAAGACUUCUUAUCCUCCUCAAAAUGGUACUAUGAGCGAGGUAUCCCCUAUCGGCGAGGCUAUCUCUUAUUCGGUCCUCCAGGAACGGGCAAGUCCUCAUUCAUUCAGGCAUUGGCAGGCCAUCUCAAUUAUGACAUUGCAAUGCUCAAUUUGAGUGAACGUGGUCUGACAGAUGAUCGAUUGAACCAUCUGCUGACCGUGAUUCCCCAACGAACUUUGGUUCUCCUGGAGGAUGUUGACGCAGCUUUCUCAAAUCGACGACAGGUCGAAGCCGACGGCUACCAGGGUGCCAAUGUCACUUUCUCUGGCUUACUCAACGCUCUAGAUGGUGUUGGUAGCGCAGAGGAGCGGAUCAUUUUCCUGACCACGAACCAUGUUGACCGACUGGAUGAGGCUUUGGUUCGACCUGGCAGGGUGGACAUGACCGUUCGCCUGGCCGAAGCCACCACGUACCAGAUCGAGCAACUCUGGGCACGUUUCUACGGAGAAGUGGACGAAGAUGGAACCCUCAGAGAGCAAUUCUUCGCGAAACUCCGGGAGCUCGGAGUCCUAGCACAUUCGACACAUGCCUUAAAUGCCAGCGUGAGUCGCACGAGUAUGGCUGCUCUGCAAGGACUCUUUUUGUACAACAAAGGCAACCCACGUGGUGCCAUUGAGAUGGCCUCGCAACUGGUACCAGGAGAGAUCCCUAGCGCGAUAACGCAGUCACGAUCUACUGGGUCCGGUUGA